AUGGCCAUAUCAAUGCUGCAGGACGCGCAGACACGAAGCCUGGCCGCUGCCUUGGCUGGAAUCAAGCGCGAGGACAUGGUUGUGGAUCGCUCCAUGUCGCUGUCGCCGCCCAUGUCCGCCAAUACCUCGGCCAGCAGUCCGGUGGCCUCAAACAAUAGCCUCAACACGCACUCGCUGUACCCGUCGAUGGGUCUGCAACAGGCUGCGGCCGCUUCCGCCUUUGGCAUGCUGUCGCCUACACAGCUGAUGGCUGCCAAUCGGCAAGCGGCUGCUUUUAUGGCCCAGCUGCCCAUGAGCACGCUGGCCAACACGCUAUUUCCACACAAUCCAGCGGCGCUGUUUGGCGCCUGGGCGGCACAGCAUCAGCAGCAGCAACAGCAUCAGCAGCAGCAGCAUCAGCAGCAGCAGCUGCCCUUGGCCGGCACCCAUUUGCACUCACCGCCCGCCAGCCCGCACUCACCGCUGGCCAACAGCGGCAAGCAUCCGCUCAGCUCGCCGAACAGCACGCCGCAACAGCAUCAUCUGGGUCUGGGUCUGGGUGAGCCCGUCAAGAAGGCGCGCAAAUUGUCAGUCAAAAAGGAAUUUCAAACGGAGAUUAGCAUGAGCGUCAGCGAUUUGUAUCACACGCCUGGCGGGCCCAUUUCACCGCCCAGCAGCGGCAGCUCGCCCAACUCGUCGGCCCAUGAGGGCACCUCAGGUGUGACAGCAGCAGCUACUGCUGCCGCCACUGCAGCUCCCGCCAAGGAUCCGUCGCGCGACAAGAGCUUCACGUGCAAGAUCUGCUCGCGCAGCUUUGGCUACAAGCAUGUCCUCCAAAACCAUGAGCGCACCCACACCGGCGAGAAGCCGUUCGAGUGCCCCGAGUGCCACAAGCGCUUCACCCGUGACCAUCAUCUGAAGACGCACAUGCGCCUGCAUACGGGUGAGAAGCCCUAUCACUGCUCCCACUGCGAUCGCCAGUUUGUGCAGGUGGCCAAUCUGCGGCGUCAUCUGCGCGUCCAUACCGGUGAGCGGCCCUACACCUGCGAGAUUUGCGAGGGUAAGUUCAGCGAUUCGAAUCAGCUGAAGUCCCAUAUGCUGGUGCACAAUGGCGAGAAGCCGUUCGAGUGCGAGCGCUGUCACAUGAAGUUCCGUCGGCGCCAUCAUCUGAUGAAUCACAAAUGUGGCAUUCAGUCGCCGCCGACGCCCGCUCUCUCGCCGGCCAUGAGCGGCGAUUAUCCCAUGGCUGCAGCGGCUGUGGCAGCGGCUGCCGCUUUGGAAUGCUCCACCAACAAAUUUGCGGCCAUGUGCGCCAGCUAUGGUGGCUCCGAGGAGUCUGUGGAUCUGGCCAAGAGCAGCCUGGAUGAGGAGGCACCGCUCGAUCUGUCCGAGGAUGGCGCCAGCUCUGUGGAUGGCCAUUGCAGCGGCAGCAAUGCGCGCCGCAAGGCGCAGGACAUACGCCGCGUAUUCCGGCUGCCACCGCCACAGAUCGUGCACGUGGCCAGCGAUAUGCCCGAACAGACCGAGCCCGAGGAUCUGAGCAUGCACUCGCCGCGCUCCGCCGAAUCGCACGAACAGCACGAGGACAUCGAUCUCGAUGAGCUGGACGAUGCAGCUGCUCUCUAUCUGCGACAGCAGCAGCUCCAGCACCAUUAA